AUGAAGGUUGAAGUUGAGACGAAUCCCGUCUUGUUACCGACAUCACCCCGAUGCCGGGCCCACAUACUAAAGACUGAGACUUUCUAUUCAUACAAGCCGUCCAACUGGAGGACUAACUCUCAGCCAGAACGUACAACCGAGACUCUCAAAGCUUGUACACCUAUAACUAGUCUUACGCGCGCAGACUACCCAAUCAAGGGUCUACAGCAACAUCCCGUCAAGGAUGCCCCGGGUUCCGACAAUUCCAAGUAUCUCAAGUUUUCGUAUCCAACUUCCAAAUCUGGGGAGGUACAUAGGGUAGUGCUUAUAGCACUCCAAACUGACAUUCUAUACUCAAACCUUUCCACAAUCUCAACUCAACAACCCAAGUACCCCACACAUAGAUAA